UUUGAGGCCAGUUAAGCCCAGUCCGCUCGCUAUAUCGCAGUGGGGACGCCGUGUCUCCCGCUAUUUUAUUGCCACAGAUUAAUAAAUCUCCAUCUAUAUUGUACAUAAUAUUCCCGCGAAAAAGGUAUUUCUAACCUAUGAUGCGCUUAAUAUUAUUAGGCGCUCUGGCGCUCGCCACCCUGGCCUAUAGUCAGGAGACUUGCCACUCAACAGACGAGGAUCCCUACUUGCUCUUUGGGACCAAGACUGCGUAUACAUUCUCGAAUCAGGGCAUCCCCCUCAACAGAGCGCAUGAUGUACCUGGUUGUCAGCCCAUUGCGAUUUGGUUGCUGAACCGUCAUGGCUCCCACAACCCGGAGGCGGAUGAAAUCGCCGGCCUUCAGAAGCUUAGUGAUUUAAAAAGCAACAUCAUCUCUAAUUAUAGAAAAGGCAACUUUAGAGAUACAAAUAUUCGCAUGUGCCCGUCAGACGUUAACCUGCUCGAGAGGUGGGAAUGGAACCCUCGUCAGAAUAUGACCUUCGCCGGAGAUCUCACCAGCGACGGCUACAUUUCAACGCAACAACUGGCGCAGGCUUGGAAGCAAAAGUUCCCUGGAUUGUUAACCGACAAUCUUCAUGAUUAUGUAUUCAAAUAUGUAAACGAUCAGCGCUCGAGCACAACGUUCCGUGCUUUCACUGAAGGGUUAUUCAGAGCCCGAGAAGACACAUACGACAUUACAAAGGAAAACGACGAGAAACUGCUUCGCCCGGAAAAAUUCUGCUCCUCGUGGAUUAGUAACGUUGAAGAAAAUAACGAUACUUUGACACAGUUACGCAUCUUUGAAUCCAAACAAGAAUACAAAGAGAUGAUAAGCAACAUCUCGUUACGGAUGGGUUUCAAUUACGAUAUCCAGAAGGAAAUAAUGAAACAGAUGUAUCAGAUGUGUCGCUACAACAAGGCGUGGGAUGUCUCGCAGAUCUCACCCUGGUGUGCCGCAUUUUCCAAGGACGAUCUUAAGCGCCUAGAAUACGCAGAAGACUUGGAAACCUAUUACAAAUACGGCUACGGAACUCCGAUGAAUCAGCAACUGGGAUGUACUGGCAUCAAGGAUAUGAUGGACUUCUUCAAAAUACACGUGGAGCGAAACACGCCGCAGCAGCCGCGCGCGAGCGUGCAGCUGGCGGACGCGGCGGCGCUGCUGCGCGCGCUGGUGGGCGCGGGCGCGCGCCGCGACGCCGCGCCGCUCACGGGCGACAACUACCGGCGGGCGGGCGCGCGGGCGCGCAGGUGGGCCACCUCCAGCAUGGUGCCGUUCAACGCUAAUUUCGCUGCCGUUCUUUACAAAUGCACACCGAACAGCAAUUUACAAAUCGACGACCAGUAUCAAGUGCUGUUCAUGGAAAACGAGAGACCGUUAAAUUUGGAAGAGUGUAGAGUCGGCCUUUGCAAUUACACUUUCGUCAAAAACCGUUUCGGCGUCAUCGCUGAUAACUGCAAUCUGGAGUUCUGCAACUCGGCAACCAAAGCGAAUAGUAUUGUUGCAUUAAGUUUAGUUUUUGUAUUUAUAGCUAAAUUACUUUGAAAUAAUUUCGUAAGUUCUUAGAGUUUCAGCUAUGAGUUUAAUUUUAAGUAUCUAAUAAAUCAUCAAAUCCUUGUAAAAUAAAAUAGAUACAAAAAUAAAAUGAAUAUAAUAUACGUAUAUUGUAUAUUAUAUUGAAAUAGUAAUAUUUCUUUGCAGUAUCUAGUUUCUUCAUUGAGAACUACUGUAAAAUAAGUGCAAUGUUGUCAUACACUUCUAGUGAUACAAACGUGUAUUUCAUGAUACGCUUAUUUUAAUAUUUACUCCGUUGUUUUUAUAUUGAGAUCCUAAGAUUACACUUUGCGGAACUCCCAAAAAAUAAUUGCUAUUACCGAAUUAUUUAAAUCAAAAAAUUUAAAAUCUUCAUUAAAUCUUUUGUUGUUUCAUUAAAUGUUUUAAAGGUAAGAUAAAUAAUUCUAUUAUAACUUGCAUAAAGCUUCAUAUUCGUAUAUUGUAUAUUUUAUUGUUAUUUAUUUAAAUAGUCAUUACGUUUCUAUAUUAAUGUAAUAAAGUUUCUUGUUGUGAUUAAAAUAUAUCAAUGUUAUAAUUUGCCUGUUAUAUCAUUAACCUGUAAUAAGUACAGUUUCAAUUUUACUUGCGAGAUGUAAAUAACACAAACGCACAUUUAUAAAUUUUUGGUGUUUUUAGACAGUUAUUAUAGAACAAUGUAUCAAUAAAUUUUGUAAAAGUUAAUUACAGAAACUUAUAAACCAUAACAUAGUCUUACUCAACGUUAUGCUUUAAAUUUCACAGCAUUGAAGAAAAUAAAAAUUGUAGUUGUUGAAUUAGCACCAAAUCGUUUUAUGAAUAAAUUGAGUUAACGCUA